ACCCGUGAACCCGACACAACUCUGGCCUCCUUCAACGAUCACGAAGCUAAUGAACCCGGCACAACUCCAGAUACUAACUUAAUUCAUACGACAGCACAUGACCAACUGUCACAUGAUCCAAUGACAUUGGAGCACCCAGGGUCAUCCCAUGCGCCAUUCGCAUCACCCCUCGGAACAUCUCCCGGACAUCAAUACACUGCCGCACUACAAAAGCACAGCGACGCUAGUGCUGGCCAUCCAGCUCGAAGCUCUGAUUCAUCAAUGAUGUUCGUAAUAUUGGGUGCUGCCGUCGGUAUUCUGAUUAUACUCGUUAUUGCUGCGAUUGUUGUUGUAAUGAUGCUUUCUAAAAAGAAGAAGGAGAGAGACAAAAGACUCGCAGCAGCACUGGACGAAGAAGAGCGCAAAAGGAAGGAGCGAGCGACUAUGAAAAGCAAAGAAAAGAGCAAGGAAAAAGAUAACAAAAAUGGAGACGACGACGAGAAAAAGAAUAAAGAAAUGGAUAUGGAUAAGCUCAUGGCGGCUCUCCAGAACGAAAAAAUGGAGGAACUCAUGCGUGACCCUAGUGAGGAUGCAAACCCGAAGGACGUGAAUAAGAUGGUGAAAGAGUUACAACAGAAACGCAUGGCAAAACUGAUGAACGAGAACCAGACAAAGGUGGAAUGA